AUGGAUGAUAAAAAGGUUGUUCUUGAGAGUGCAAGCAGCGAGGAGUUGGAGAAUGGAGCCGUUCAGGCGGUUGGGUAUGACCAGAAGGCUACAAAGCAAUUAAUUAGGAAGAUCGACUGGGUGUUGAUUCCGUGGCUCGCCUUUCUUUAUCUACUGAGCUUCCUUGACCGAACGAAUAUUGGAAAUGCGCGUCUUGCAGGGCUGGAGGAGGAUUUGGGCAUGUCUGGACUUGACUACAAUGUUGCCCUCGCCAUAUUCUUCCCUUUCUACGUCGCUGCUGAGAUCCCGUCGAACCUAAUGAUGAAGAAAUCACGACCUGCCAUCUGGAUACCCAUAAUCAUGUUGGCCUGGGGUAUAGUAUGCUCGCUGAUGGGUCUGGUAAAUAACUAUGGGGGCCUGCUUGCCUCUCGAGCAGCCCUAGGUAUCGCUGAAGGUGGACUCUUUCCAGGUGUUACCUUCUAUAUUACAAUGUGGUAUAAAAGACACGAAUGCGGCCUCCGCAUGGCCAUCUUCUUCUCCGCCGCGACAGCAGCCGGUGCCUUUGGCGGACUCCUCGCGCGAGGUAUCGUUGAAAUGGAUGGCCUUGGAGGCAAGGCCGGCUGGGCUUGGAUCUUCAUAAUUGAAGGAUUAGUCACAUUCGUCGUUGCAAUCGCCGCCUUCUUCAUCAUGAAUGACUAUCCCGACACAGCCAAGUUCCUCACAGAGGAAGAAAGGACUGAAGUCCAGCGCCGUCUCACGGAAGACCGCAGCUCGCUUGCCGACGAGUUCAAUCUGAAAUACUUCUGGGACGCCGUCCGAGACUGGAAAAUCUGGGUCCACAUGUUCAUCACCAUGGGCAUCUACACACCGCUCUAUUCCUUCUCGCUCUUCCUACCCACUAUCGUCAAGACCCUCGGAUACUCCAAUACCACGGCCCAGUUGAUGACCGUGCCGCCGUACGCAGUGGCCUGCGUCUUCUGUAUCGGAGGCGGUUUCCUGGCUGAUCGUCAGGGUCAGCGUGGAAUAUACAUGAUUUUCUUCAACAUAGUCGCAAUCAUUGGCUUCAUAAUGCUGAUCGCCUCUGACAACACUGGGGUAAAAUACGCUGGCACCUUCUUCGCGGCCACCGGCAUUUACCCCAACGUACCGCAGGGUGUGGCAUGGAACGGGAACAAUAUUGGGGGCUCCGUGAAGCGUGGCGUAGGAAUUGCGAUGCACGUUGGAUUCGGGAACCUUGGUGGUGUCGUCUCCAGCUUCAUCUACCAGAGCAAGGACUCGCCGCAUUUCUACCCCGGUCACGGGACGCUUAUUGCGACAUUGUCAAUGAGUACUGUUCUGUGUAUCUUCAUGACCAUCUAUUUGCGUCGCGAGAAUGCGAGGCGCGAUAGGGAGAACCCCAAGGCUCCGGCGGAGUAUACAGAGGAAGAGAGGAGGGCAGAGAGGGAGAGGGGCGAUAAUGCUUCGUUUUUCCGGUAUACAAUCUAG